AUGAAUAUACUUAAGAAGGUCUUUAGUCCGAAUAGUAAGGAUGUAUUGACUGCAGAAAAGAUAGGCGAACAACAGGGAGAUGACAAGGAGAUGAAUAAAGAGCCAUUUGUUAUGGUUGAUGCACCUCCAGUUGAAACUGCAACUCCUGAUCAGUAUCAAAAGUCUGAGUCAAAAGUAGAGAUGGAUCUGGAAACAAAGAUCAACGAGAAUCCGGCUAAAGAACCUAAUAUUGAAACUAAAAAUGUGCCCAAUAGCCAUAAAAGUAAAAAGAAGAGUAAGGGAAAAUCGAAAGGGAAAAAGCCUUCUCCUGAAGAGAUUGCUAAAAUUAGAGCAGAAAGACAAGCUAAGAAGGAGGCAGCACUUGCCCAAGGCCUUGAUCCGAAUGCUCUUCCUGACUUACAGUUUAUUCAGAGACCAAUUCUACAUUUACAUGAAGAAGAACCAGUAACCGGAUUUAAAAUAUCUAUCAUGACUUAUAAUUGUCUUGCCCAAGCUUUGAUUAGAAGAAAAUUGUUUCCAGAUAGUGGUGAUGCUCUCAAAUGGUUCAAAAGAUCUAAAGUACUAUCGAAUGAAUUUAAACACUACAACCCUGAUGUUAUUUGUCUCCAAGAAAUUGACCAUUUACAAUACCAGAGUUUUUGGAAGGCUGAGUUUGAGAAAGUGGGGUAUGAAAGUCAAUUCCAUCGUAAGCAAUCUAAGAACCACGGUGUUGCAAUUAUAUGGAGAAAAGAGUUAUUUACACUGACGGAUAAGAUGUUAAUUGAUUUCGAUAAAGAACCAUCCGGAGAAAUACCACCCAGGACAACUACAAAUAAUGCUGGUUUAGCUCUGUCUUUGAAAUUUACAGAAAAGGCUUUGUCCAAGUUCUCUAAUGGGACCUCGAGGAUGGGAAUAAUUGUUGGUACUACACAUUUAUUCUGGCAUCCAUUUGGUACGUAUGAAAGAACCAGACAAUGUUAUGUUGUUUUAAAUAAGAUGAAAGAAUUCAUGCACCGGAUUAAUGUUUUACAAAAUAAUAAUGAUGGAGAUACAAGCCAUUGGUACCCUUUCUUUUGCGGAGACUUUAAUUCACAACCUUUUGACACACCAUACCUAUCAAUGACAUCAAAACCAAUUCAUUAUAAGGGGAGGGCAAAGACUGUUAUCGAAUGUAGUACCUCUUACAAGUUUUCCAAAAAAAGAGAUGGAGAAGAAGAUGCUGAUGAGGAGGAAGGCGGAAAUAUUGAAAAAUUUGGGAAAGAUCAACCACAAACACCUGUACCUGAUCAUUUUAUAGCCAAUGAAGAACAAAAAAAAUUAGUAAAAAAUAUGGAAUUGUUGCAUAAUAGUUUAGAUAUGAGAGCAAUUUCACUAUACGGGGUAGGUUACAGAAAAGUACAUCCGGAGAACGCAGGACUUGACAAUGAUUGUGGGGAGCCAGAAAUCUCAAAUUGGGCACACACUUGGAAUGGUCUCUUAGAUUAUAUUCUAUUUAUUAAACAUUGGGGGUUCGAUGAUUGUCAGCACGUUGAUACACUAGAGAAAUUUGAAAAAGAAAAUUCUAUAAAAGUGAGAGGGUACCUAAGAAUGCCUCCAUCAACAGAGAUGAGCAAACAUGGACACGGUCAACCUCAUACGGGAGAAUACCCUAGUGACCAUCUAUCGAUGAUAUGUGAAUUAGAACUGAUUUAA